UGAAGUAAUGUUUGAUAGAAUCAAUUUCUGAAAGUUUUGAAUCACCAGAAACUACCAUCUCUCAAAUGACCCUAACACCCUUCUCCUUCACCAUUUCCCUCCACCUCACCACCAUUAUCAUCAUUUCAUUAGCAACAGAAUGUGCUGUUGUUGCUGCCCUCGGCUCGGCCUCCACGGUGGCUGUCACCUUUGGCACGGCUACUGUUUGCGGCAUCAUUGCUGGUGAGCCAACACAGAGAGUCCAGUGCUACCAAAAUGGACUCAACAUUUCAGUUUUGCCAAACGUAUCAUUCGAAGCAAUCUCUGGUGGCACAAGCUUCUUUUGUGGCCUCAGGUCAGGUGGAUUCAGCAUCCUUUGUUGGGAGACUAAAGCUUUAAUGAAUUCAAGUUUUAGGCCGAAGCGUAUAUAUUUCAAACACAAUGUCUCGAUGACUGACCUGGCGGUUGGUGAUGAUCAGGUUUGUGCCAGAGAGGUGGAUUCUGGUAUAGCUAGAUGCUGGAGAGGAGGAGGUGGUUCUCCAUUUCCGUCACCUGGUCUAGGUUUGAAGUUUCGUGCAAUCACAUCAGGGAGUGGCUUUACUUGUGGGAUUUUGAAGAAUGAUAGCACAGUUUUCUGUUGGGGUGGUAAUAAGAUUGGAGCUGAAAUCCAAAGACAGUAUGGUAAAUUGUCAAUGUCAAAUUUGGUUGCUGGAGAUUCUCAUGCUUGUGGAUUGACCAGGACAGGAUUCUUGGUUUGUAAAGGGAAUAAUGAGUCUGGACAACUGGAUGCUCCUUCUAGUUCAGCUUUUGAGUUCUCAGGUCUUUCACUGGGAAGCAAUUUUGGUUGUGGUAUUGGGAGAAGAAAUGGAUUGGUUCUAUGCUGGGGAGGAGAUAACAGAUCCAAAUUUGAUUAUGAUGCAGUACAAGAUGUUUCAUUUGAGUCGAUUAUUGCUGGUUUGAAUUUUAUUUGCGGCUUGACAACAAGGAAUUUAACAAUGAUUUGUUGGGGUCCUGGGUGGUCUAAUGGGAGUAAUUCGACAAGUGAUCUUCCUUUGGGAAUGGUAAUUCCAGGUCCAUGUGUUCAGGCUUCAUGUAAUUGUGGUACAUAUCUGAAUUCUGAGACCUUGUGUGAUGGUUCAGGGAACAUUUGCAAAUCAUGCCAGACUGAACUUCCAAUUCCAGUGCCGUUGACACCAAUUUUAGCACCACUCCCAUCACAAGGAUUGCAGCCAUUUUCUCCAGCAAGGAAAGGUAUUAACAGGCUUUCGUUGGCAUUUUUGAUUGUGGGAUCAAUCGGAGCUUUUGCAGGGAUUUGCACUAUUUUCUAUUGUUUAUGGGCAGGAGUAUGUGGCUUCUUACUUUGCAAGACACAUAAUUCUGUGCAACCCACGCUUACAGGUGCCAAUAUAAUUACGACUGUUGUGGAUAAUAAUGAUUCCAUCGCCCCCCCUUUAAGAUCAUUUUCCAUCAGGCGCAACAGCUCACGGAGACUAGGACGCCAGAGAAGUGGGUCAUCAUCAUCAAAACAUGCAGAGAAAACCCAAUUUUUUUCACUAUUUGAGCUUUCUAAUGCUACUAACAACUUCUCGCUGGAAAACAGGAUUGGUGCUGGGAGCUUUGGGGUGGUUUACAAAGGCAAACUUCCUGAUGGUCGUGAAGUUGCCAUUAAAAGAGGAGAAACUUCCGCAAAGGUGAAGAAAUUCCAAGAAAAAGAAACUGCAUUUGAUUCAGAAAUAGCGUUGUUAUCACGUCUUCACCACAAGCAUUUAGUGGGGUUAGUUGGAUUCUGCCAAGAAAAUGAUGAGAGGCUUUUGGUUUAUGAGUACAUGAGCAAUGGCGCCCUCUAUGAUCAUCUACAUAACAAGGACAAUAUUGAAAAGGGUAGUAGCAUUCUAAAUUCCUGGAAAAUGAGGAUCAAAAUUGCAUUAGAUGCAGCAAGAGGGAUUGAGUACCUUCACAACUAUGCCGUACCACCUAUAAUUCAUAGAGACAUCAAGUCGUCAAAUAUACUAUUGGAUGCGAAUUGGACAGCUAGAGUUUCAGAUUUUGGUCUAUCAUUAAUGGGACCAGAAUCUGAUCAAGAACAUAUGUCAACCAGGGCAGUUGGGACAGUUGGAUACAUUGAUCCAGAAUACUAUGUAUUGAAUGUACUGACAGCAAAGAGCGAUGUGUAUGGCUUAGGGGUGGUGUUGUUAGAGCUUUUGACAGGAAGAAAAGCUGUUUUCAAAAAUGAAGAAGAUGGGACAGGGCCAAUGGGGGUGGUAGAAUAUGCCAGCCCGAGGAUAUUGGCAGGGGAUCUCCGAGCAGUGGUGGAUAGAAGGGUUGGGGUGCCAGAGAUUCACGAGGCUGAGGCUGUGGAGCUGAUGGCUUAUACAGCUAUGCAUUGCGUGAAUUUGGAGGGAAAGGAGAGACCGAAUACAACAGACAUUGUUGCCAAUUUGGAGAGAGCACUCAGUCUUUGCGAGGAUAGCCCUGCUAGCCUCUCUUCUAGAACGAUUUCCAUUCCUUCAGAUUGAGAUUUAACAAGAGUUCAUGCAAUUCUUUUUCUUUGCCAAUUUUUUUUUUCAGAACUGUAUCUUAGCUGAUUAUUCCCCAUUUCAGUAAUAACCCAAUUUUCUUGAUUCUUGUUA